AAAGACUGGGCGGUCUCCUUCGUUUUAUUUCUUUCGGUCUAUAUGGAGGACACAUAUCGAAUUCACCACAUAAUGUCGCAGGCGACAACCAAUAGAAGGAAGGCCUUCUAAACUUUGCUUUGCUGCGUGAAAGCAAUCGGCGAAACCGGGUAGGGAGACGUAGGCAGAUACCGAAGACGGCCAGCCCUAGUCGAGAUUAUUUCCUAAGCUGUCAAUCUCCUUGAGGGAUGUUGCAUGUUUGCAAAAGAAAGUAUGCAUUACAACUCCAAAAUGUGUGCUCUGUGGAAAGCAAUCUGGGAAUGCGCUUUGCAGGUUUGUUGCUGAAAAGAGUUCAACUUGUGCUGAACAGAAUUUAACAAAACCAAGAAUUCAUAUGAAGCGAGGAUUGCUGUCUGUCAGUCGAAGGGUGAGCUGCAAUGGAGCCCAUCUACUGCACAGUGCUUCCAGGAAGUCCUGAUGAACUGGGGGUGCCCCCUGAAGCAGACAAGACAAAGCACAAGCAGAGUCUGGCCAUCGAGGAGUUGCUAUCCACUGAAAGGGGUUAUCUGAACAUGAUACAACUGUGUGCAGUGGACAUCAGGAACCGCUUGAAGCAGAAACAACUCCCCGACUUUGAUCUGGAGGGGUUGUUUGCAAACAUUGAUGAUGUAAUUGAUGUUUCCAGCAAGCUGCUAUAUCAACUGGAGCUGAUGGACACUGAAAAUCCACAGUACCUGCAGGCCCUCAGUGACACUUUUCUAUCCAUGAGGUCAGAACUGGAAAACACAUACAAGGAGUAUUGUGCCAGUUACAGUAACAUACUUAUCCUUGAGGCGAGAUAUCGAGAAAGAGAGGAGCUUGACAAGGCUAUUCAGGAGACCAUUACAAGUACAGCACCCCACACAAAUGCCACAAAUCUUUCCUUCUUCUUGGUAAUGCCAGUUCAGAGAAUUGCCCGGUAUCAGCUUCUCCUGCAAACCAUUCUGAAGAACACAGAACCUUCCCAUCCUGCUUACCGGUCACUCCAGGCCACUGUGGAUUCCACAGUAGCGUUGAACUCGAACAUCAAUGAAUACAAGCGCCUCAAGGAAGUAGCUGACAAAUACAAUAAGCCAGAGAACCUCACUUUAAUGGACAAAAUCUACAGAAUCAACACACACAGUAUUGCCAAAAAAACUGCUCGACUAAGCCAGAUGUUAAAACACGAAGCUGGGUUUCUGCCAAAAACAGAAGACAAAGAAUUUGAUGCUUUAGAAGAAUAUUUCUUGGCUCUCGAAAGAGGUGUUGCUGAUUUGCAGGACAAUGUUUCCACCUUUGUGAAACACUUUGAGGAGUUCCUCAGUAGAAGACCACAUGAAUGUGAACUGGACAUUGAAACUGAAGUGGCCUUCCGCAACUACAAGGAACUGUCUGCCAUUUUGCACAAACACAUUUAUCCUAAAUAUAUGCAUAGGUUGAAGUCACUGGUUCUUCAGCCUCUGUGUUCUCUUCAGGAACUGUUUGCUUGUCCACAGAAUAUGAUUCGGAAGCGGCUACACAAACUGCUGGACUUUGAGAAGAUUGAGGAGAAACGUCGAGAAACUGGUUCCAUUACGUAUGAGGAGCAGGAAGCGGCAAACACCUACCAGGCCAUUAAUACCUUACUGCUAACAGAAAUGCCAAAAUUUAAUGGCAUGGCCACGCAGCUACUCAUCCGUGCCAUGGAAACCUUCAUCUUUAUUCAGAGAGACUUUGCAGCGGACGUGAAUCACAUUGCAUCUGGUUACCUCCAGCAUCUACCCCACAAUAAACUGCCCGACUACACCUUCUGGUCUUGGGCAGAAGGAAUGUUUCUGAAGGAGGCAAAGUCUCUGCAACAGAUCAGCCAAACGUUUGAGGCGGAAUUAAAUCCUCACUUUAUUCUGCCUCUGACACCAUCUAGUCAGCGCCGUCUAAGUGAACUGACCAAGAGGUACAAAUCGGAACAAAUCUAUCAAGCAUCUUCAGACAUCAAGGGUGGUCGAGACAUGGAUCUUUCCUUGUCAAGGGGCGAGCUGGUGGCAGUCAUUCAAGAGAUGGACACUAAGGGUGAUAAAAGGAGGUGGUUGGUGGAGGCUGGAGGCAAUAGAGGUUAUGUGCCAGCUUCAAGGAUAAAUCCUUAUCAUCCAACAGGACAGACUGCAAGCCCCUCUCCUGCCAUUGUUGAUGAAGCCAGCAAGAGGCAUUCCGUUGUAGUUGUGAGUCCAGCCAUCGAGUCACCAGUUUUACCGUCUUUACAGGUACAAGAAGAUUAUGAGGUGUUUGCAGCCUAUGACUUUUCAGCUCGGAGUAUUCAUGAAGUAAGUCUACGUGCAGGAGAGUUGGUAACCGUAUUGGAGCAUCAUGACAGACAAGGAAAUCCUCAAUGGACUCUGGUGGAGGUUCAGGGUCAGAAGGGAUAUGUGCCUUCUAAUUACCUCAUGGUGGUCCCUGUUCCGGGUAUCUCUGCAUCAAGUAGGAAAACCUAACGUCCCAUACAAGGAGAACAGCCAGUGCUAGGUGGCAUCUGCAUUGAAGGAGCAAAGAGAGGAAGCUUUAACAGAGUGGCACUCUCUGGCCCUCCAUUAAUGCUAAACACCAGAGUUAUCACAAGAUCCUUCACCAUCAGAUGGGAUCAUUUAACCAGGCUGGAGAUAAUAAAUUACACCUCAAUAACAACAAUCAGAGCAUGUUCGCUUCUUUGUAAAUAAUAAUAAACAUAUGUGUGCAGUAAAGGCA